UAUAUGGUUCAUUCCGCAAAGCAGGGCCUAUAUUUUGCAUUUUGGCCAAUAUUUAUGCCAUAUUUGCAUGGGCAUUGUCAACAUAUGAUAUGUAUUAACUUUCUUUUAUAUAGAGAACAUGGCGAUCGUUUGACGAUACGUGAAGUGGGAAUAAAGUAUUUGUUCUACGCUCGCAAACUACCAGAUUUCGGUCGAGUUUUGAUGUAGUAUAAACAAGGUACAUAGAUCAAAGAUUCGUGACGGGAGCAUAUUCUUACAGAGGUGUUGAAUACACAGUGUGUACAAUGGGCAAUAAACAUUCUGGCACGCAAGAUCAAACCAAUUCAAAAUUCUAUGAUGAAGAUUUAGACGACGGUGAAGAUGGAUCGCGGCAUGUACGCUUUCGAGUUGAGGUGAUCCCACAAGAUCGUGAAUCAGGUAUUUUCAGAUCCUUUCGGACCCGGCCUUUCAAGAGAACAAAUAAUGAGAAACGAAGAAGUACCACGUACGAUAGCGCGAACAAAACACCUUGGCCUCAUCCACAAAGCGACUCGCUUUUUUUACCAGAGUACGAGUACAAAUCUGCCGUUAAAUUUAACGAGUAUCAGAUCUUGGAGAAUAUUGGAAAAGGGGAUUUUGGUCAUAUAUUGAAAGUUAAGAAGAAAGAUACACAAGAGAUAUUUGCAAUGAAGGUGUCCAACAAAUCAGACAUUGUGAGGGAGGAGUGUGUGCAACAAUGCAAGGAUGAAAUUAAGAUUCAGAAUAUACUUAGUCAACAUGCAUUUGUUACUAAACUAAAGUGUUCAUGGCAGACAAAACAUAAUCUUUAUGUGGUCUCAGAAUUUGUUGAUUUUGGUGACCUGCAUACAUUCUGGCAAGCAAAAAAGAGAUUUGAUGAAAACACUGUAACAUUACUUGGAGCAGAAAUAGCGCUUGCUUUAGAUUACUUUCAUACGAAUGGCAUAAUAUAUAGAGACUUAAAGAUGGAAAAUAUACUCAUCAAUAAGCAAGGUCAUAUAGUGAUUACCGACUUCGGAUUAGCAAAAUGGCUGUCUUCUGGCGAAAAAACAUCUACAGUUACUGGCACAUUAAAAUAUAUGGCUCCAGAAAUGCUAAAAAGUGAGAAAUAUGGACAUGCAGUAGAUUGGUAUGCCCUUGGUGCAGUUCUCUGUGCAUCACUAUUAUCAAAGUUUCCCUAUCCUGUACCAGUUGAACAAAAAGAAAAACAAGAGUUACUUAAACAAGUGUCUGAAGAAGCUGGUGAUAUCCUUCAGAAGUUGCUAGAAAGAGACCCAAAGCAAAGAUUAUGUACACUGGACAUGUACAAAAACCAUCCAUUCAAUAAAUCCAUUUCAUUUGAUGAUGUUCAAGCCAAAAAUUGUCCACCCUUCUCUGGUCAACUCCUACAGGAACUAGGCAAACGAAAUUUAAGAAACGACACUCAAGUAAAACUUCAACUACGAGAAAAAUCACGUCUUAAUAAACAGUAUCGUCCUAACUCGUGGGCUAGUCCAGAAAACUUUCGAAUGCAAUUUGAUCAAGUUAUGAAACAUGAAAGGAACAAGGAUGUCAUUAAAGAAGCUGCUCACAAUACAAAAUUCUAAAAGAUAUGCACACAUGCGUUGUUGUGAGGUGUGAAUGCAUGUUGGAUGCUAACUACAUUUGCAAUUCUCUGCUGUUUCACAAACUUUGGGUGAAUUGAAUGCCUAGUAGUUCUGUUGCUGUUGUUCAUGUUCAAAAAACAUUAAAAAAGAUAAGAAAAGAUACAAAGGACAAGGUUUAAGCAUGCAUAUACCAAGGCGACAAUUCAAUAAUGCAACUGCAAUAUUUCACCUACUUUUUAGACUACCCUAUGCAUGUUAUUGUUCUUGUUAUUUUUAGUAUUUAUACUUUAAUUCUGGAGUAUUGCUUAGUUUCCCAAUCUGUCUAAUUUCUUCCCCUCAUAAUAUAAGCACACAGUUAAUACUUAGCAAAAAAAGCAAACUGCUAUUUGCUAGAAAUAUAUGGUUCUAUACUUAAGCUAUUCUAUGGGAUAUAAAUAUAUAUUAUAUAUAUAAUUAUUAUAUAUAAUUAUUUAGUAGCUAAGUUAAGGUUGUGAAAAAUUGCUAUGACACUAACUCAGCUUGUUGUAAUUCAGUUGUAUAUAUACAAAAUAAUGGAACUAAUAAUUGUGUAAGAUUAUUAUAUGAUUGACAU